AUGGCCGACUUCGCCUCGCUGGCCACCAGCUACGUGCUGGCCGAUGCGGAGGACGAGCAGCAGCGGCUGGCCGGCCAAGCCGCUGAGGCAAUCAAGAGCGCACCGCGCAAGAGCGCCGCCGUCCUCGGCUGGGCGCAGUCCAUCAACCAGUGGAUGCCGAAUGGUGAUAAUGAUGCCGACAGCGAUGUGAUUGUGCGUGCCAAGGCUCUCGGUUUCCUUGCCUCCACAUUGGAGGUGCUGGAUAAGGACGUCCUUCGUGUCGAACAGGUCGAACACCUCAUUGCAUUCUUUGGUGCCUUGUUUGCCAUUGACCACAAGGCCGGUGUCCUCGACGCCUCGACGGCCCUGCGCUGCCUCUGCACAAUGACGCAGUUUCGGCCGCCAAUGGCCAACGCCGUUCUGUCGCACCUCAACAAGCUCGGCGAGGACUUCCGUUUACAAGUGCCGGCAACACGCCGUGCCGUCUACGACCUGAUCGCACUCCUGGUGCGCAACGAUGCCGCUCUCAAGAGCCUCAGCGAAACCAACGGCGCCAGCGGCCAGUUCCUCAUCGACCUCUUGCAGCUGUGCCGCCAUGAGCGUGACCCGGACAAUCUGCUGCGGUGGUUUGCCAUCCUACGGCAUGUACUUGAUCACUACGGCCCGCCGGCUCUAGCACCCAAUGUUGUCGAGGAGGUGUUCAAGGUCGCGUCAGACUACUUCCCCAUCUCGAUGCGUUCGUCCGCCACAGCCGCCGGCACGACUGUCGACGACCUCAAGACGGCCCUGCGCAGUGUAUUUUCAGCCAGCUCGCUUGCAGCGGCGCCCGUUUUUGAUUUUCUGCUCCAGAAGAUGGACCAGGGCGACGCCCUGACGGUCUCUGUGAAGGUGGACAUCCUCAGCACAAUCCAUGCCUGUAUUGCGGCGUUUCCGAACCCGGCGCAGACGGUGGUGCCGCACACAAGCCGCAUCUGGAACUCGCUCAAGUACGAGGUGCGUCAUGGCGACGUUCCCGAGACGAUCGACGGCACGCUGCAAGUGAUCCAGGCCAUCUCCACGAGGCUAUGCCGCGGCCGCAGCAGCGUCAGCGGUAAGGCUCCUGCGGAAGAUGCCGCAUUUUUGAAAGACUUUGUCGACCUUGUCCUUGCCGACUGCACCAGCGACCUGUCUAACUCGACGUUUACCACGCCCGCUGGCCGCUUGCUCACCAGCACUAUGCUGGGCGGCUUUGGCGCGUAUAACCUGAUGAUCAGUUCCGUCAUCGGCACAGUGAAGAAGGACCUUCAGCAAGCACAGGCCGCAAAUCAUACACGGGACUUGGUCGGUGUUCUCAAUCUCGUCCUGCGGACGCGCCAUAGUCUCAUAGUCGCUACUGAUGCGGAGGCCCCGACGACUGCUGCCUCCCCCACAGCAACAGAGACUGAGUUCCAAACCCACGACGAUGCCCUUGUCGGUCUGCUGGAAAGCGUCUAUCUGCGCCUGUGGAACAACACUCUCAAGGACACAGCGGCAGAACCAACAUCACAGGAGCCCGUUGUCUUGACCGAAGUGAUUCGCGGCCUGGCUGCUCUGAUUGCCCAGCGCGGUCCUCGCCCUGCAUCACCUUCGUCUUCUUCUACUCCCUCCUCGUCUACCACGGCAUCCCGGCCACUGCUGUGCACACACACACAGUGUGAGCGUAUUUUCGAAGCGCUCGCGCCGCGGAUUCUGGUCCCCUACUCUUCCGCCUCGCAGUCGGGCGCCGCCGACGAGGGCCUGUCGCAGACCGAGUUCCUCACGAUUGCCCAUGAGGCCAUGACGGCGCUCCAGACAGCAACUGCCGUGUACCCUGAAGGGUUUACUUUCCUCGUCGAGCGGACCGUGUCAUCCAUCGCCGGCAGCCCCAGCGGCCCGAUUGCCUCCUACUCGCUCAUUGCCCUCUCCUCUUCGGCCGAGUCACUCUCGUCUCUGCGUGACACCCUCUCCCGCGUUGCAUAUAUUGGCUGCUCGACCAUCCCGUCUGCUGCUGAAGGCCUCGAGAGGAGCAGCAAGGCGCUUUUCCACUUUUUGACGCUGACACAGGCGCUCUUCACGACCCUGGAGCGUCUUUUGGAUGCCAAGGCGUCUUUCCAGGCGACCAACGCUGUUCUGUCCGGCGUCUACGGCGCCGCCCUGAAUUUGCGCGACGCCUUCUCGAAGCGCGGUGUCGGUCCCGAAAAGGCAAAGCAGCCGCCAAUCGCCUCGUCUGCUGAGCAAACAACACAAUCUACGGCAGAAUCUGAGACGCUGCAACAGCAGUUCCAAGCAUACGUCAGCGAGGCGACGUCCAUCGUACGCCGGUUGUACCUGAGAGCAACGGCUGUCGGUGCGGACCAGCAGCUCAACUUGAGCACCGACUUUGAGCAUUCAGUCGCCUCGUCGCUUACCCUCGACGACCAGGACGAGUACUUGCACCAGUUGGCUGCGUUUGCGACGUUUGUUGUCCGCGACCUGAGUGAAGAGCAGCAGAAGGAAGCAAAGCUGCAUGAGGCUGCCUUUACUCUCUUCCAGUCCGACUGCAAAGGUCAACAUUCGUUCUACAACGAGGCACAAGGCGCACGAGCCGAUGUCCUGUCCUUGGGUAUUCUCAAAGGCCUCUGGCCAUCGACGAUGGCAUCUUUGGCCGACCUGAACAUAUCUCCCCUGAACCUCCUGGACGACUUUGAUUCACUUGACAAGUUGCCCUCGCGCACCCGCCUGGUCCGCAACACGAUUGCCACCGUCGUCACCAACAAGUACUCGGCGGCCGCCAGCGUCGGUGCCAGCAAGGUCCAGUACCCAGGCAACCAUGCCGCAUGGCAGGCGACGGUGGAUGCGGUCAAAGCUAAGCUGGAUGGCGGUGCGUCUCUCACACCCCACCGCUUCGCACGCCUCGUCGCUCUUGCCGCCGGCGCCUUUGCACGCCUCGACAAGGAUUCCAAGGCGCUCGCCAAGUUAUUGGCCUUUGCGCCGGCUCGCCAUGCCGAAGAAACCAGCAAUGGAAACGAUACAAAGGCGGCACAGCAAAUGGCCCGCAUUGUGGGUGGCCUGCUCGUGUCCGACCGCACCCUCUCCACCGACGACCACGCCGUCGUCAAGUCCAUCUACAAGCAGUGGGUGUACGGUCAAACCGUCAAGGCGCUGCUGCCACUGGCGUUUCCCCCACGCAAGGCUACCGUCGAGACCGAGGAGGCAGCCGUAGCCGCCCGUCGUGCCAGCACUGUGCACACCAUUGCCAUUAUGGCACUCGUCCGUGGCAUGCCCUUCUCGGUGUACGAGGACGACGUCGCCACGAGUAGCGGCAGCGAAUCCCUGGUCCGCGUGCUCGUCGCCGCGGCCACGACGCUCGUGCCGCAGUGGGGCGACGUUGCCGUUGCGCUGCGUGUACUGUCGUCCAUUGUGACGGCCAACCGUGCCGAUGCCGUCCGCAGCCACCUCAAGACAGUUGUUGACGCAUCCAUCCGUGUCUUUUCAUCCGCCGGCCCAGCGUCCUCCACGUCGUCUUCUGCAUCGGCACCGCCACCAACCCCUGCUUCUCGCAAGGAGGCUCUUUUGCUGGUGUCACAGUUGCCGGCACACUACGAAGAGGGUCUGCUGCUGCCGUACGAACCACGGCUGGCACGGGCCUUGGCGGCUGCCUGUGGUGACCGGGUUCGUGAGAUCCGUGAGGUUGCCCAAAAGGCUCGUGAAAACUGGGCCAAGGUGGCAGUCUAA